UGAUCUAAUUUUAGCAGAGUCUCCCAGUCUCGGAUCGGAUCCGUCGCGGUCCAGGACGCUUCCUUCAGUCAUGCCCGGCAGCCAGGCCCGGAGCCGGGCCCGAGACCGGAACAACGUCCUGAACCGGCCCGAGUUCCUGUCCCUGAACCAGCCGGCCCGCAGGGACCAGCCGGCGGGGGAGGGACGUGGGGGUCCGAGGAGACCCGUGUUCAGACAGCCGAGUCAGCAGGAUGACGGCGCGGUGAGGGGCUCCAGAGAGGCCCCUGAAGGAGGGGUCGGGGCUGAAGGGAGCCCAAAGGAUGCGUCACGCUUUCCGGAGCAGGACUGCAUGCAGCUCAACCCAACCUUCCGCGGCAUUGCAGUCAGCGCUCUGCUCGCCAUCGACAUCAGCCUUUCCAAGCGUCUGGGGAUGUGCGUGGGUGCCCACGGCCGCGGGGCCCCGCUGCGUCCUAUGGUGACCCUGCUGGCCCUCACUGGACACGCCCUCCCCUGGAUCAUUGGUACCCUGUUCUGUUUGUGGAGCAGCAGCACGCUGGCCGGACAGGAAGUCCUGGUCAACCUGCUGCUGGCUCUGUUUCUGGAUCUGAUGACGGUCGCUGGGAUGCAGAAGUUGGUGAAGCGUAAGGGGCCGUGGGAUUUCCCUCCAGGAUUUUUGGACUACGUUGCCAUGGAUAUGUAUUCUUUCCCGGCAGCCCAUGCCAGCAGAGCUGCCAUGGUGUGCAAGUUCCUGCUGAACCACCUGGUGCUGGCGGUGCCCCUGAGGAUCCUGCUCUACCUGUGGGCCUUCCUGGUGGGGUUGUCCCGGGUGCUGCUGGGGAAGCACCACCUGUCAGACGUCGGCUGCGGCUUCGCUCUUGGUUUCUUACACUUCAGCUUGGUGGAGUCCGUGUGGUUGGAUUCUGCCACCUGCCAGAUGCUCAUCUCCAUCGGCACGCUGCCCUGGACUCUACUGGUUUAGAAUCCGUUCAGACUGGUUCUGGUCAGAGUAAGACUGCCGCGGACCUGUCUCCACCAGUUUGGACCAGUCUUCACUGAAACCCUUGGAUUCUCUUCUUCACAAUCAGCACUGAUGGAACUGGUUCAGACUGGUUAAGACGGUUACCUGCUGGGGUAAAGGCGGCUGCAGACCGAUCCAGUCCUUUCUAAACCGGUGUGUCUGGAGACGAUGCUGAACAGGAUGACUGGUUCAGACCAGUUGAGACUGGUUUAGACUAGUUUGAGUGAUGGUCUUUUGGGUGUGUUUAAACAUUUGGCUUUUUAAGAGACGGAUGGAUUGUGUCUCAGGUAUCAAACAGGAAGCGUCUCUGGUCAGACUUCCCGGGUUUGGUUCAACUUAAAUGGUUUUUAUAGUCAGAGCUGCAGCUGGUGUGUUUUUUGUGAUUACUAUGCAAUCCUUCUGCAUCUCAGCUUGAAUUUUUACCAGCUGAAGUUGAUAUCAAAUGACUUUUUCACGCCUAAAACAUUUUAUUAUUCUACAGAUAGUUUGUUUGAGUUUUUAGCCUAAAAUUUGAAGUAGCUUUGUAAAGAAAGGGAUUACUUUACAGUUUUGACAAUAAAAAACACAAAGAUUGUUCAACAUCUGCACAUUAGAGUGUGCAAUGAUGCUGCUGCAGAAGUCAUCUUCAUUUUCAACAAAGGUGAAAGGAUGAUAUUUUGCUUUUUCUGACUUUUAAAGGUUCAAUAUGGUCUUGAACUGUCAUAUAACCAGUUUUCGGCCUGUGUAGUUGCCAUUUUUAGAGAUUAAAUAAAGGUUUUGAAAGAGGA